UACGGUUAUGCCACUCGAAAAUGGGGAGCUGUGUCCAAGGAAGGAGAAAGUAAUAUUUCCAAAAUCGGGACGACAAUAUUCUUGCCUUGCCUACUCUUUUCAGAAAUUGGGCCUCUAUCGACAGCCGAAAAUCUCGCUUCAUAUUGGCCCAUCAUCCCCUUCUCACUCGCCUUCCAGUUGGUAUCACUUCUCGUCGGCUUGGGAUCACAGAAGAUUUUUAAAUUCCCGCACUAUUAUGUUCCUAUGUUCAUUUUCAACAACGUCACUUCACUUCCCCUUCUCCUGAUUCAAAGUCUUUCCAAGACGGGAACAUUUGAUGAUCUACUGCAGCCCGGGGAGACGAUGCAAAUGCUCGUCAAGCGUGGGACGGUUUAUAUACUCAUCAAUGCCCUCGUUGGUAACAUGACACGGUUUGCGCUCGGUCCAUGUCAGUUUCAUCCCUUGUUUUCGUACAGUGUCCAAAUUCCUGGCCAAUCGCACGAAGACGGUGGACAUCCCUCUGACGCGCAUUCCGAUUCAGAAACAGAAGAACCCAGCACAAGUCAAAAGAUGAAGUGGAAACGUCGCGUGAUGGGUGGCGUGAAGAAGGUUUGGAUAGGGCUGAGGACCAUGAUGAAUCCACCGUUGGUGGGCGGAUUGGCGGCGGUGGUUUGUGGGCUUGUGCCAUUCCUGCAUAUGUGGUUAUUUAGACAGGGAUGGUUGUCACCGCUCGCAGACUCCAUCGAAAAUAUAGGCGGUCUCUAUACCGCCCUGCAGAUGUUUGUCCUUGGCGCACACCUGUACUCGAAGAAAGGCACACAUGCAAGCAUACCGACCCUCAUCUGGCUCUUCCUGUGGCGCUUCUUCCUUGCGCCUGCCCUCUCAAUUGGAACGAUUUAUGGAAUCAGGCAGAAGUGGCCUACGGCGAUGGUCGAAGAUCCUAUGCUCGACUACGUGUUGAUGCUGUCGAAUGUAGGCCCGCCUGCGUUAACGCUGAGCGCUAUCGCGACAAUGGCGGACCUCGACUCAGACGCCGAUGGUGCUGUUUCACGUAUUAUCACGCUCAGCUACGCAGUCACACCAUUGAUUGCAUUGCCCAUCACCGCUGUGUUGCAAUUCGCAAGCAAGAUCGAGGAUGGUCAGUGA